UUCUUUCGUUUCAUUGUCAGUUCGUUCGCUGGCCCCUUUGGUUGAGGACGCAACCAAGUACUUGGGCGCCGUCGUCGCGACGUCAAUAAAAAAUAUAUCCGAUUCCGAUUGUUCCCCAGCGCGUCUUGAUACGUUGGUGAAUAAUUUAUUGUCAUAUAUGUAUUAACAUCGGGUUCAGUGUUCUCUUUGUCUAAAGACUCGUGAUUGACAUACAAAUACAUACCCACUUUUACCUUGCCAUUAUACUUUUUUAAUAAAAACAUAAUAAAAUUUUGUUAUUAUUAGUUCACCUGAGUUCGUAAUUUUAUCAUUACAAAAUUAUAUUUUUGUUAUGAAACGUGACAGGGCAACACGCUGUCUAUAAGAGCGUGCCAAUUUUCAUUGCUGGAUGGGUCGAUUGAUGAAAGACCCUGAAAAAGAGCGCAACGGUUUCUUCCAAUAACAAAACAUGACAACAAUAAAUAGCAACAACAGCGACUGCUUUACGGCAGGCAAAACUUCACCGCCUCUCAAUGGCAAAUCCAACAUCCCGUUAAGGAGGACACUUAGCAAACCAAGUACCCCAACGGUCACAAAGAACAGACCGGUCGUUAAUGAAGACGCCGUCAGGUGGAAAAUGAAAUACGAAGAAGCCGAAAGGAAACGAAAAGAACUUAUUUCUCAAAACGAAAGAAAAAUCAUGAACUACAAUGAAUUGGAAAGAAAGUACAAUAAUCUUCAAAUUAAAAUAGAUGAACUAGAAACGGAAUUAUUUGAGAAAAACGAGAGUUUAACAAAAUUAACAACAGCAUCCAAAAAUUUGUUUAAGGAAUAUGAUACUUUAAAAAACCAAUACGAAACCGAAACAGGAGCUAUGCAUAGAGCCCUUACUGAAGCAUCACAUUGGUACAAAGAGAUGAAAGUUCUCAAGAGGAGAACAAUGCUCCUUGAUCAAGAUGCAGUAGAUGAAGGGGUAGAUGAAGAUGAUUCCAAAUCAGAUAGUGACAUUGAUAAUCUCAACGAAAAUGUUAAGCAACUGAGUGCAGAAAUUGCGAGACUGCAAGCAGAUUUAAACGCGUCUAAACUGAUUGAAUUUGAAACUAUAGAACAGAACAUUAACUUAAAUCAGGAACUUGAAGAAGAACGAGACAAAAACGAAAAACUAGAAGCGGAACUUAAAAGUUUACAAGAAAAUAACAAACAGUUAUUAAGAGUUUCAGAGAUCAUGAGACGCGAAUUAGACGCACUAAGGAAUUCGGAAGAAACCAAAAAGGAAGAAGUAGAAGAAUUAAAAAAACUAGCUGCAAACUGUAAAGCCGAAAGAAAUGUUCUAGCUCAUCAAAGCGCCAUACUUCUGCAUCGACUGAAUUCCGACGACGGGUCUAAUAACAAAUUAUUGCUGAUGCAGGAAAUAGAAGAACUAAAAAGAGUUAUUGAGGAAGAAAGGAAUCAACACCAGUUUGAAAUCAGUAAUCUGCAGGAAAAACUCGAAGAAUCUGAAAAGAACUCCUACAAUGAAAUACUGGAAGAACGCCUCAAAUUGGUUGAAUCAGAUCUUCAGGCUGCUUUAGAAAGAGCGGAAAAAGCAGAAAUGACCCUUAAAACAGUGCCCCCUGCUCCUCCACUUCCGCCACCUCCUCCUCCCCCACCCCCACUACCAUCAUUGGCACCCCCCGUCGCUCCCCAGAGAACGAAAAAAUUGGCACGCAGUUCUAUACCUGACAUGGCAGAUGCUUUAGGAACGGUUUCUGAAAAUGGUGAUGUCGCAACCAAAAAGGCACCAUCUGUAGGUGUCAAUGAAGAUAUCAUAAACCAAAUAAAAGAUGGAAAAUUCACUUUGCGGAAAGCCAAGAAAGAAAAUCAAAAGAAAGAGCGAGAAACUCCAAAAGCCGUUUCGGAAAUGCUCAACAUUUUAGGUAGUCUGAAGAGGACACCCAAGAAAAGGUUAUCUUUAAUCUUAAAUGGUAAUAUAAAUAAUAACAGUGCCUCAGAAUAGCAUUAUAGAUUUUUAGAUUAGUUACUAACAUACUGUACGUGCCACUUAAUAUUUGCAAAAUUAUUCUAUAGGUUGUUAUGAUUUAUGUUACUUUUAUACAUAUUUUUAAUAAAAAAAUGUAGUAUGUCGUGUUUA